AUGCGAAGGUAUCGUAUGAAGAUCUCCGUAUAUGACAAUAGUGAGCAGGCUGUUUUUGUUCUACUUGGUGAUGCUGGUCUACAGUUGACUGGGAAGCAUGCAUCAGAAUUAGCUAAGGAAGACAAAGGAGUUGACCAUGUAGUGCCUGUCCCAGAAGCUUUAAUUAAUACCAUUGGACAAACCCAUAAGCUCAUUGUGAAAGUUUCAGAGGCCAAUUUCACAGGAAAGACUCGAGCUAUAACUGUCACAAAAAUCCUCCCUAAAGAAGCUCCUCCAUCUCUAACAUCCUCAGAUGAAAAUUCCACUGCUCUAGCUUCCGAUGAAACCUUGCUGUCUGCAAAUGAAGUGUGCGGACCUUCAAGAAGCGUUGGAGAUUCUGCAGAUGAUGAGGUUAAAAGGUCUUUUGACAGUGUUGAGCCAGAGAAAGCUAAACGCCCUAAACCUGGGAAUUAA